GCGGCCGACCCAGGACACUGCAAAACUCAGAAGGGGGAUUUCCAAAGUAAAGAUAUCAGAGUUCCCGGUUUUCUUGUCUUCUGAAAGUGCGUGUACUGUUCUAGAGGCCGUGGAACGACUGAUUUACUCUGUUAGAGGCGAAGAAAGCUGUCUUCUACAAGGACUGGGGCCACAACACCUGCCAACCGGAGACGCAAGAAAUUGAACUUCUAUAGGAGCUUCUUGCUCUCCAAAGAUCAGUGAGAAGAGACAGGACUCCAGGGCACCUGAAGACCUGAUGGUUGAUCUACAGCUGUAAAAACCACCAGGCUACUGGGGAGGUCUGUGUGCAUUACUGGGGGCAUGAUGGCAAGUGUAAGUUCAGAAGUAGCGAUGUUGUCAGAUGUGUGCCUGACACGUCUGGCUGAUGAGCUGGGUUCAGAGAGCCGUAGUCUGGGGAUCUACCUGGGUCUCCCCAAGGUGAAGGUGGACCUGUGUUUCAACAAUAACCCAUACAACAUGGAGGCAGCCAUUGUGGACAUGCUGACAAAAUGGCGUAACAGAACGACAGACAGGGGUGCUGAGGCACAGGUUGGCCAGCUGGUCCAGGCUCUGAGAGACAUUGGUCGUGUGGACCUGGCUGAGAAAGUCAUGGAUGGAGACUUCUUGGUUCGUGGAGGUGGUGGUACACCUGUCCAGGAGACUAUGAAUAUGGACUUUGAGGAAAGUGAGAACAUUUCAUAUCCAGUCCAGGCAGAAACAGAUGCUGCUCCACCUGAAGGGUCCAGAAACACUCCCUACCAUGGCAUCCAUGUCCAGGAGACAACCCCUGCAGCAGGCAACAGUCUGAGAGCACCUCUGCCGACCUACCCUUUGGGACGGAUGGUCGGCAGAGCUUUGAUCAUCAACAACAUUGACUUUCCCGCAAAGCGCCAUGAGAACCGUAGGGGCAUGGAGAAGGACAGUAAUGACCUUGAGCAGGUUCUAAAGAUGCUUGGGUUCAAGGUCACCACAAAACUGAACCUUAACUCUAGAGAGAUGAAGAAGGCCAUCCGUAAGUUUGUGGAGACAAAAGACCACAGCCACUCCACGUGUCUACUGGUGUCCGUCAUGACACACGGCUCUGGUCCAGACGCCAUGGGCACGGACUGGCAGGGUGUAGGGUUACAACAAGACAUAUUCAGCCCUAUCAUCAGGUCUAACAUCUCCUGUCCCAAGAUCUUCAUCAUGCAGAUGUGUAGGGGAGGUGAGCUGGACUUUGGUCAGUGGAGGACAGAUGCAUCCCGACCCAGUGAUGACCCAGAAGAUGAAGACAGUGACUUGUCUCUGUCUGAUGGUGAGAUGGACGAUGAUGAUGAUGAUCUGCAGGUAGACUGGGUAGAAGUGGAGCAUAGCCUCCAGCCUACAGACUCUGACUCCAUCAUCUUGUUUGCCUGUGCUGAGGGCAGGAAGGCACUCAGGCACAGUCUGGAGGGGUCAGUUCUGAUUCAGAGCGUGGUGAAUGUGUUUCACGAACACGGCCAGCAGGAGGACAUAGAGACUCUCUUCACACGCGUGCGACACGCGGUAGCCAACACCGACGCCAGGAUAGACGUGGACGGAUCGCUGCGCGUAGUGAAGCAGGCUGCCGAGACACGAGUGUUCCUUCGGAAAAAACUCUUCCUUCAAUGUCAGCAUUGACUGCUGCAACCAAAACACUAGGGGAUAGUGCUGUGUACUGGUUGGCUGGACUGGAUCCGGGCUUGUAAAAAAUUAGGUUAAAGUAAAAAAAAAAAAACAACCUAAAAGUCAGGAACCGAUUCCGG